AUGGCUGCAUCCUCGCGUCCGAUAACGUCGCUUGUCUUGAUGGACCUUUUUGGUGUACUGGGCGCUCUCAUCAUGAUCCUGAGACUGUUUCUGCGCAAGUAUCGGCACCAGCGAUUUGAAGCGGCCGACUACUGCACCGUUUUCUGUUUGGUGACGCUUCUUGUCUGCGUGAGUUUGCUCACUGCGAUAAGCGUCAUCACCUUGACUCGGGACGCCCGCCUCCAAGCCCAACAUUUUACAGAUAAGUUGCUCGAAGAGCAGUUGCUGAAGAAUAAAAUGCUGGUGGCGCAUCAAGCUAUAUUUCGUGCCUAUCUUUGGGGCCAGAAGGCCGUUGUUCUCCUGUUUAUCUCACGCGUCCUUGAGGGUCUCGCGUGGCCCUUCAUCUUCGUUCGCAUCAGCUGGGCAAUACUACUACUGAGUUUCGGGGGUGUGGAGCUUGAGAUGUUCAUGGUCUGUGAUUACCGCAAGAAGAGUAUGAUUCCUGCUUUUGAUUCGGAUGUCGAAGUCACUAAGUGUGUUGUAUCAGAGCCUUGCCUCGGACGUGUCGGAAACCUCGUCACCUAUAUCCUGCUCAAUGGCCUUACAGACCUGAUGCUCAUUGUGCUCCCUCUUCCAUGGCUGAUUCGGGUGAAAAGACCCUGGCAUCGCCGCCUUCAACUCAUCGCCCUUUUCUCGGUUGGCUUCCUCUGCAUCAUCGCAACCAUCCUCCGCGCCCCCAUCCACGGCGACACCCAAGACCUCGUCGGGCAAGGCUACUGGACUGCCGUCGAGUUUAUUGCGUCGGCUAUCGUUGCCAACUUUCCCACGCUAUACAGUCUACGCCGUGCAAGAAAGCCAGAGACCCCAAUCUAUCCCGACAACCCCUACCCAGCCCGACGAGGGGGCUCCAAAAUCCGGUCUGCGACGAGUAUCGAGCUGCAGGAGUCAUUAGACAUGGAUCACCUGGAUGCCGACCCACGGAUGAGUGGAAAAAUCACCAGUCAAGCGAGCAACGAGCCAUUGUUCUUCAAGGAUUCGGAGACGGAGAGUCUCCGGGUCGAGGGACUUAGGUCUAGAGGUUAA